AUGACCAAACGGGACCGGUUCGGUUACGAGGACGACGUCGACGACGACGAACAGAGUGGAGGACAGGUAUUACACGAAGGUGGUCGUUCGCUUGGUCGCUCGAUCGUCGCUCAAUCGCUUUUGCACAAUGCCUGUCUUGCUGUCGUGAAACAGGGAACACAAAUAAAUAGUGCACCAUUGACUGCCGCUAGACUCGACUUCAACUAA